AUGGCCACAGUAGCAAUAUCAAAGGCCGAAAUUGCUCUUCCAGCAUCACCAGUACCAAUUACCUCGCAACAGAGUCGAAAAAAGCAACUGGUAUCGCCAGGUCUAUCACUUUUUGCUGGUGCCGUCGCUGGUGGAACUGAAGCAGCCAUAACAUACCCAUUCGAAUUCUCCAAGACGCGCGCGCAGCUACCAGAUGUGGCUGGAGGUCGAAAACCAAACAUUGUUUCUAUCUUGGCAAAGGUCGUUCGAGAAGAUGGCCCUCGAGCUAUCUACACUGGCUGCUCGACCCUGAUCAUUGGGACUGCAUUCAAGGCCUCGGUGCGAUUCCUCACAUUUGAUUCUAUCAAGAAUCUCCUAGCCAAUGACCAAGGUCAGCUGUCACCCAUGAGAGGUGUCGCUGCGGGUAUGGCGGCAGGUUGUGUGGAAAGCAUAGUAGCAGUGACGCCGACUGAGCGCAUCAAAACAAUACUGAUUGAUGAUGCGAGGGGUCAGCGACGUUUCCGCGGCGGACUACACGCCGCACGAACCCUGGUUCAAGAGCGAGGCUUCAGUGCUUUGUACCGAGGCCUUUUGUCGACCACAGCAAAGCAAUCUGUGACGUCGGCAGUCCGCAUGGGGACAUACAACGUCUUGAAAGAAACUGGGAAGCGCUACGAUCUUCGGCAGAACUCUGCCACAACAUUCGCCAAUGGCGCAGUGGCUGGCAUUGUUUCUGUGUACGCCUCCCAGCCACUUGAUACGAUCAAAACUCGAGCACAGUCUGCAAGUGGUUCUAGCAUUGCUGAGGCUGUAACCGGCAUUAUGAAAGACCGUGGUGUUACAGGAUUCUGGAGUGGUAGCACGAUGAGACUUGGCCGUUUAGUCCUGAGUGGUGGCAUAGUCUUCAGUGUCUAUGAAGCAGUCGUCGGUGUGUUCAAGCCACAAUAG